UUUACGUGUAGGGGAAGUACCCUAAAAAAAAUUAAAUUUUUAGAUUUUAUUGUACGACUUUCUCGGCUUUAUUGAUAUAUAUAUCCAUGCCAAAUUUCAGCUUUCUAGCACUAACGAUCACGGAGCAAAGCCUCGGACAGACAGACAGACAGACGGACAUGGCGAAACUAUAAGGGUUCCUAGUUGACUACGGAACCCUAAAAAGCUUUGGCACGUCCCUCACCGAAUAAAUGACGCCGUUUUUUUCCUUGAUCGUUUAAAUAUUGACCUGUCUUUGGUUCAACAAACUGGUUUGAAGGAAUUAGGUUUAACGUUUUAUUUUUUUAUCUGGUCAGCGCCUCAUCUCAAUGUGAACCAUGCGAAAUAUCUUAUCACUUGGAUGAGACAGAAGCAUGUGUGAGUGAAUACAAACAUACUUGAUUUUGUUGCAGUGUUGUGGUAUUUAUAAGGUGUAGCAGUAGCAGGGCUCCAGUUGCAGAUGCAUAUUUGGCACUUAAAACGUUCUCAGAGGUUAAUUUAGGGCUUCGAUAUGUUGUGGAAAUUUGUUUUGGUUGCUUCUCUAGCUUUGGGAGUAUUUGGCCGCUCCACGAGCGAUGUUUCUGACACAUCCUAUGAAGAGUACAGCCAACGAGUGGCUACGGAAUAUUGCAACGCCACUCAUGCCGAAGACAAGACGUCAGAAGUCAAGUCUGCAAUGUUAACAUUCAGAAAGUGUUUAGACGACGCGAUCAAUAUUGAAACUUUCUCCAAAGAAAUGGAAAAAGCGGAGAACAGCGUAGUAAUAUAUGACGAAUUAAUCCAAAAGUACUGUGCUAAAGCUCCGCAGCUAAAAGAAUGUGCCAGCGACUUGGUCAAAGGAAUGUCUCCAUGCUUGCCGGCCGGAUUGGACCGUACUGCGGUGAAGAGCACCAACACCCUGAUCGACUUCGUUUGCGACAAUAACGGUGCUAGGAUAACAUCAUUCGUUAAAGCGGACGGCCCGCGGUGUAUUAAGGACACGAUUUUUGAUAUCGUUUAUUGCCAACACGCCAUAAAAUUUAACCUCACGAAGUUUGCAAAUGUGUCUGGAGAUGAAAUAGCUAGUUCAUUAUUCACUAUGUCUGAAAAGGACUGGUGUGUCUUGGUGGACCAGAGCUUGGAGUGUUUGGUGAACGCGAUAAAGAGUUGCCCGAACCCAGCUCUCGGACAACUGGGCCAGGAAUUACAUCACGUCUACUUAGGAAGCCUGUCUUGCUCUGAGGUAAUUCAAAAUGCCAAUACGGAAGUGGUCGCAAGAACUGAAGGAACAGUAGACACUACAACUGGAAGCUCAGGAAUAUUCGGCAGCUUUACGUUCUCUGUUCCUGAUAAUUCACCUUAUGGUAAAUUCAGUCAACUAGUGUCUUCGGAACUUUGCAACGCCACUCAUGCCGAAGACAAUACGGCAGAAGUCAAGUCUGCAAUGAUAACAUUCGCACAGUGUUUGAACGACGUGACCAAUAUUGAAAUUUUCGCGUAUGAAAUGGAAAAAGCUUAUAACAGCGGAGUAUAUGACAAAGUAAUUCAAGAGUUCUGUGCUAAAGCUCCGCAGGUGAAGGAAUGUACUGGCGAACUAGUUAAAGGAUUGACUCCAUGCCUGCCGCCCGGAUUGGACCGUACCGCAGUGAAGAGCACCAACACCCUGAUCGACUUCGUUUGCGACAAUAAUGGUGCAAGGAUAACCUCAUUUGUCAAAGCGGAUGGUCCACGGUGCAUUAGAGACUCGAUGUAUUAUAUCGCAUAUUGUCAAAAAGCCAUAUAUUUCAACCUAACGAAUGUGUUUAAUGUCUCUGGUGAUGGAGUAACUAGUUCGCUGUUCGCUCUAUCUGAAAGGGACAAGUGUGUCAUGGUGGACCAGGGUUUGGAGUGUUUGGUAAACGCGAUAAAGAGUUGCCCGAACCCAGCUCUCGGACAACUGGUCCAGGAGUUCCACGACGUCUACUUAGAAAGCCUGUCUUGCUCUGAGGUAACGCAACAUGCAAAUACAGAAGUGGUCGCAGUAACUGAAGGAAAAGUAGACACUACAACUGGAAGCUCAGAUGCGGGUAAAGAUAUCGAUCAACUCAAAAAAAUAAAACUUGAAUUAGACGUGCGAGCUGCGGAACUGCAGAUUUGGAACAGAGAAAACGAACUGAACGUACAGCAUACCGCCCUCACCUCGGAUAUAAAAACGAACGGGCAUUAGAUCUCCAGACCUGUCGAGUCUUUUCACGAAAUAAUUUUAAAUAGUGUGCUAUUUCUGUAAUAUAUCGCCAAAGAGUAAAUAAAUACAUUGGAAGCAUUUAAAA